AUGAGCCUAGCGCAGCGCGAACUCGCUCUGUUCGCUGCGCAACGCUCUGUUCGCUGCGCAACGCGAGCCGAGCUACCGGCUGGCCUGGGCGUGCAACUUCAGUCGGCCUCAGUGGCGCGUGUUCUCACCAGAACAGUGCCUCCGCGGCGCUGCGGCGGCGCCCGAAAGGCCGAUCCGACCCGGCAGCCCCCCGGAGCGUGCAUCCAAGCGUCCGCCACCGCCGGCUCAGCCCCGGCUCGACAUGACUCUGGCCCGCGCGGGGUCGCCGACGGCGCCGAGUCGGCGCCAGAGGCACGCCCGGCGGCCGGAUGCGCUCGCACGACCGACGUUCUUCCUCCUCUGCGGCCUCGCUCGGGCCCGCUCGUCGACACGCGCAACCAGCAGACGCCCGUGUCGGAGCUUCUGUGCCGGCUUGGAGCUUCCAUCGCUGAUGGGGGCACGCCCGGCCCGGCACUCUCGCACACCGUGGAGCGCGGCACCGCGCGCGCUCACGCCGCCCACCUUUGCUGCCUGCGCAGGCCAGGCUCUUAG